AUGCAAAAUGGAGCAAAACAGGAAAUACAAGGAAUCAAUCAUAAAAACGUCAGAUUUACCGAAGAUAGCAUUCUAAAGGAACUCAAAAUGAAGUAUUUGGAAUACCAAAUAGAAAACCAUAUAAAUUUUAUAUUUAUUGAAGAUUCCCAAUUCUUACACUCACAGCUAAGAUCCUUAAUCAGUCUUAGAAAAGAAAAGGACAGAUACACCCCAAAGACCAGGAAAUUCUGUGAAUAUCAGAAAAGAGAAUUUUUGAAGAAUAUUCUUGAAACUAUUCCUGGAGUAAGUCAGAAUAUUUCAAAUGCUAUACUUGGAAAAUAUUCUGAUGUAAAUUCAGUUGUUAAAGGGCUGCUGAAUAAGGAGCUGUUUAUGUCAAUAAAAGUAAUAGAUGAAAAUGGAGGAUUAAGGGACAUGCCGGAAAAAGUAUAUCUGAAAUUAUACAACACAUUCUACAGUAACGAUGGAGAUGAGAAGAUUUAA